AUUCAGUUGCUUCUGCUGCACUCUGUUGUAAACGUAACAGAAUUCUCCGACGCAUUAACGCUACCGUGACAAUGGCGGUUUCUCCUCCUCCGACGGCGUCGCUGUACGUCGGCGACCUUCAUCACGACGUCACCGAUGGCCAACUCUUCGACGCAUUCUCGGAGUUCGAAAGCUUGGCUUCCGUUCGCGUCUGUCGUGACUUAACGACCAGCCGUUCCCUCUGUUACGGCUAUGUUAACUUCAUUUCUCCUCACGAUGCCGUGCGUGCUAUUGAAAUGAAAAAUCAUUCCACGCUCAAUGGAAAAGCUAUAAGGGUUAGUUGGGCUCGUCGUGAUCCUGAUGUGAGGAGAAGUGGAACUGGAAAUGUGUUCAUCAAGAAUCUAAAUGAUACAAUUGAUAGUGCAAAGCUCCAAGAAAUGUUCCAGAAGUUUGGAAAUAUCUCUUCCAGUAAAGUUGUCGUUUCUGAGGACGGAAGGAGUAAAGGAUAUGGCUUUGUCCAGUUUGAGACUGAGGACAGUGCAAACGCUGCUAUUGAUAAGCUCAAUGGAUCUGUGGUUGGAGGAAAGCAGAUGUAUGUAGGUAAGUUCGUCAAAAAGAGUGACCGGAUUCUGCCCAACCCUGAUGAAAAGUAUACAAAUUUGUUUAUCAAGAACUUGGAUCUUGACAUCUCAGAAGAGCAUCUUAGAGAGAAGUGCUCUGAGUUUGGGAAAGUUAGUAGCUUGGCCAUUGCAAAAGAUGAGCAUGGAGGUUCAAAAGGUUUUGGUCAUGUGAACUUUGAGAAUCCAGAUGAUGCUAGGAGAGCAAUGGAAGCUAUGAAUGGAUCAAAACUUGGCUGCAAGAUCUUGUAUGUAGCCAGAGCACAAAAGAAAACACAACGCGAACAGAUAUUGAGGCAUUUGUUUGAGGAGAGAAGGAAGGCGCAAAUUAUUAAGCACCAGGGUUCAAAUGUGUAUGUCAAAAAUAUUGAUGGCGACGUCACGGAUAAUGAGUUGCGUGAAUUGUUUAGUCAAUGUGGCAACAUCACUUCUGCAAAACUUAUGCUAGAUGAGAAAGGAGUCAGCAAGGGCUUUGGAUUUGUAUGUUUUUCCACACCAGAGGAGGCCAAUAAAGCGGUGAAUAGUUUUCAUGGAUUUAUGUUAGGCCAAAAGCCAUUGUAUGUGGCUAUUGCUCAAAGGAAAGAGGAAAGGCUAGCUCAAUUGCAGCUUAAGCAUGCACAAGGCAUUGCAGGACUCACCGGAUCUUCAGCUUUUCUUCCUGGUGGAUAUCCUCCUCUUUACUACCAAACCCUUCAUGAUCUACAAGUACCUGCACGACCCAGGCUGCUGUAUCAGCCUCUGAGUAUGAGGCGCGGUUGGAUGGUUAAUGGAUUCACAAACUCUAUUAGACCUGCUUGUCAAAUUUCCUUGAUUCCAAAUGCUUCACAAUAUAGACAGAGUAGGGAAAAGAAGAAUGGACAUAUGCCAGUUCCAUAUGUGCCUCAUUUGCAGCAAUCGACUCAAUCAGCGGCGUCAUUAAAACAAUCUAGCAAUCCACAGCAAGCUUGGCAGGUCAAAUAUGCACCAAAAGGUCAUAUGUGUGAUACGAAAAAUGGAUUUGUUGUAUCCUCUGCUGGCACCAGUAGAGUAGGAUCUUGCUCUGGGGGUUCAGAAAACCUGAGUAACACGCUUGCAGCUGCUCCUCCUAAGCAGCAGAAACAGAUACUUGGAGAGCACCUUUAUCCUCUAGUUAGUCAGCACAAGCCCAAUCUUGCAGCAAAGGUCACAGGAAUGCUCUUGGAAAUGGACAACUCAGAGCUUUUAUCAUUGUUGAAGUCACCAGCAUCUCUGGCAGCUAUGGUGGAAGAAGCUGUUAAGGUGGUCGAGCUCUCUAAGACUGAAGUGUCAAAUCAAGAGUCAAUUCUUCCAAAUUAUCUCUCUGCAGAAGUUGCACUCAAUUUAGCAAGGUUUCUGUGAUAAUUUUGUCGUCAGCAAAGAUAAGAGGUUUCCAUCAAGGCUGUAUCACUAGGAAUUAGAGCUAACAGAAAGUUUUGUCAAAGCAUCAGGCGACUGUCCUUUACCUUCGAUAGAGGAACUCUUUUUCAGUUUUAACAUGAUGUCACGUUUCUUUCCAAUACAAACUUAUGGUAGGCUGUACAAUCAUAUUGUGCUUUUGCAUCUGCUUACAUGAAAAAUUGCCCGUCCAGCCAGUUAGUCUGUAUGUUCAGCUGACAAUGUUCUG